AUGAGAUUUCCUUCAAUUUUUACUGCAGUUUUAUUCGCAGCAUCCUCCGCAUUAGCUGCUCCAGUCAACACUACAACAGAAGAUGAAACGGCACAAAUUCCGGCUGAAGCUGUCAUCGGUUACUUAGAUUUAGAAGGGGAUUUCGAUGUUGCUGUUUUGCCAUUUUCCAACAGCACAAAUAACGGGUUAUUGUUUAUAAAUACUACUAUUGCCAGCAUUGCUGCUAAAGAAGAAGGGGUAUCUUUGGAUAAAAGAGAGGCUGAAGCUUGGCAUUGGUUGCAACUAAAACCUGGCCAACCAAUGUACAAGAGAGAAGCCGAAGCUGAAGCUUGGCAUUGGCUGCAACUAAAGCCUGGCCAACCAAUGUACAAAAGAGAAGCCGACGCUGAAGCUUGGCAUUGGCUGCAACUAAAGCCUGGCCAACCAAUGUACAAAAGAGAAGCCGACGCUGAAGCUUGGCAUUGGUUGCAGUUAAAACCCGGCCAACCAAUGUACUAA